AUGGGCGCCAUCCCCGAGGCUACUGGUUCAGCCAAUAUCCAAUCUGAUCUUUCGGAGGUAAAGUCUACACAGCUGGUGAAGGAUGAAGUAGUAGGAGGUAUGGAGGAAGAACUACCCCCAACCGCCCCAUUGAAUGUAGUGGCCCCUGCUAUUCCCAACCAGCAGCCUCUUCGUGACUCCAACACCGCUCGUCCCCGCACUCCUCGUGAAACUCAGGACGAGCGUCCACAUGAUGCCCCUUGUGACAAUCCUCGAGAUGGUCAUGACCCUCCAUGCGACCCUCUCCACGACCCUCGGGAUGAUCAUGACCCUCUCUGCGAGCCUCCCCGCGAGCCUCCCCGCGAGCCUCUCCACGAGCCUUGGGAUGGUUGUGACCCUCUCCGCAACCCUCUCCGUCAUGAAGACACUCGAAGUGCUGUUUGCAACCCUGCACACAACUAUCAUGAGGUCAUACGUGACCCUCGUGAUGGCCUUCAUGAUGCUUGGGAUGCUGAUCCUCGUUAUCCUUACACCCGAGGGUACUCUGGGUACUCGCAAGAACCUGCGCGUGGCCUCGACCAUAGCACUCUUCACCCCCGCGAUGCAUUCUACCACCGCAAUUCUCGCAAUUCCCGCUAUGGUCCACCUCAAGAUCCCUAUGGAUCUGGUGAUAUUCGUACAGAAAGUGACUUGAAUACUUGCGACAGCUCACCUGCAUCCGAUUUUCAUGAUAACUAUGGUCCUGGUGAGCGCGAACGUGCCUACCCAACCCAAUACAGUCCUGGGGUUGACUCAGGCUAUGCUCGUGAAGGUGGAUACAGGCCCCAACGUGAUGACCUCAAUGAGCGUGGGCAAUCACUAAGUCCCUAUCAUAGUCGUCCAGUUGGUGGAGGGAAUUACCGCGAGGGUGGAUUCCCCCAAGGCCCCAGCAGGAGAUUCCAGGAUUCGAGAUGGGAUGAAGGUGCUCAUUUUGACUAUGGUCGCGAUGCUAUGCCAUGA